UCAAUACAUUUAAUAAUUUAAAGCAAUGAAUCGUUUUAUGAAAAGUCUGUCUCACAGCUCAUUCCGUCGAAGUGUAUCUCAAAACGAUAUGAUCGACACCUCCUUAUAUUAUGAGAAGACCAGUCCAUUGAUUAAUACUGAGACCCGACCGCCAAACAUACCGCCUCCACCACCACCUAAACCGCCUCCACGGAGAAGACGCACGACUACUAUAUUUUAUUGUCAGACAAAUACAGAGUCCGAUAAUAAUGAUUCAAACUCUAACCGAAUGACCAGACUAGCCAAGAGACCUCCUGUUCCGCCUCCUAUUCCUCCUAGAAGUGUGUCAUUAGAUGAAUACAACAUAAAUAAACAGACAAAUGUCAAAAAUCAGUUAAGUGUUGAUAUAAAUACUAAUAAGGAUUAUAAUAGUAGUAAUAAAAGCGUAAAUACAUGUAUUUCAACUAAUAAUAACAACAAUUAUAAUACUAAUUCAAAUAAAGUUAAUGACAGUACAGGAGAUAAUUUAUUUUCAAAUGAAGAACUCAUUCAAAACUUGACACAAAAUCUGAAAGUUAUGGAAGAACUCAAUUCUUCGGUAAGAAAUGAGCUCAAGAAGUGUCGCGAAGAGAAUUCCCUUAUGUUUAAUGAAUUGGCGGCCAUUCGUAUAGAAAGGGAUCAGUUGUUUGAGACGUGCAAAGAGUUGGAUCGGCUUAAAGACAAUGAAUGGACGUGUAGUAUAUGUCUGGACGAUAGAUAUAUGAUUUUGUCGACUCACCGACAAAUUGUGACCACAUUUUGUGGACAUCUCUUUUGCAACGAAUGUCUAAAUAUGGCAUUAAGUGCUGAAAAUGUUUGUCCCACUUGUCGUGAAUCCAUAAUAUCAAAAAAUUGUGCAUUUCAUUAUUUAUACUUUUAAUUUUAUUUACCUUAAUUAUAUAAUAGAUUUUAUAUACCGUAAUAUU